UCCUCCAAUUCCAAUAUAUAUAGAAAAAUCAUAAACUUGUAAUCACAGUCACAAAAAAAACUAUAUCACAUUUCAUUCUCUAUAUCCAAAAUGUAUGAACAAUCCAUCUCAGAUUCCGACGUUGCUCUUCUCGAAUCGAUCAGCAGGCAUCUCCUCGACGAUGCCGACAUCUCAGAAAUUUUUCCGAUGAUGGUUCCAUGCAUUGCACCACCGGUCAAUGAUCUGAGUUCGAGUUUUGCUGCAUGGCAAGCAAUGCCAUUAAAUGGGUCGUCGGAGAUGAUGAUCGAGUUUGGAGCGAAGGAUGUUACGGAGGAGGAAGUGGUGGCGCGUGGUGAUCACGUGCCUCGGGAGUGGAGGAGGUAUAGAGGUGUAAGGCGGCGGCCGUGGGGGAAGUUUGCGGCGGAGAUAAGGGACCCUAAAAAAAAGGGUUCUAGAGUUUGGCUCGGGACAUACGAGACACCUGAGGAUGCUGCAUUGGCUUAUGACCAAGCUGCUUUUAAAAUGCGGGGUUCAAGUGCUAAGGUUAAUUUUCCGCACCUUAUUGGCUCAGAUGACUUGGAGCCGGUUAAAGUGAAUCCGAGGCAGCGGCGGUCUCCAGAGGCUUCAACUUCAUAUUCUUCGUCGGAAAAUGAAUCCCCAAAGCGGAGGAAAUGCGUGGUUGGCCAAGUGUUGGUAGUUAAACCCGAGUUGGAUACUAAUAGUGUUUGAAAUUGACCAAUAAAAAUUUAAUGUAACAGUGAUACAUAUUAUGUUGGAUGCAUUGAAUUUUUUUUUUUCUUUUCAAAUUGGCCGCAUCAGAAAGUUGUAAAUUGUGAGCAGAUUGCAGGCAUUGUACUUUGCUUCAAGUUUGGAGAGCUUACAAGAAAUAGACACUUUCAAAAGGAUCGGUCUCUGAUUCACAUUUGUGAGACAGUUAAAUUUGCUUAC